CUAUUUUCUCUGUUCUCAUUUUUUCCUUCCUCAUCUUCAUCUUUCUAUAUCUUUCCCCUUCUUGUCACGAUGGCCGAUCAAUUUUCUCCACCAGACAGCUAUAGCUCGAGCUCCUGGCUCUAUGGUGACAGUAGCAGCAAUGGCAUUUCAUCGACAACCAUAGUCUGGAUUGUGGUUGGCGUAUUGAUUGGCCUUUUUGUGCUUGCGUGUGUUUAUAUCGUUGCAAAGAAGUGUGACCUUGGUUUGGACUGCAUGUGCAGGGGCGGAGUGGUUCCCAAAUCUCAGAUGAAACAGUGUGAAUCAAAGGAUUGAUUUGCUGCCCACCUGCAAGUCCGUAUUAUGGUUAGGCAAAACUAGCAGAAUAAUUGAAAGUUACAUUGCAACUACGUACGAUGUUAUCUUUUCUUUCUUUCUUUCUUUCUUUUUUUUUUUUCUUUUUUUUUGGGUUAAUUUUCAUGAAUUUUAUUUCUAGACUGUAUGUGGCAUUAUCACUUUUUCUGUUUAUGACAUGCUAGAUCAAAUUAAUUAUUGAAUGUUAU